AUGUCCAUGAAAUCAACACAAGCAACGUACAUAUCAAAGUAGAAAUGAACUUUAGACCAUUUAUUGAGUAGCUGAACGAAGUAUUAACCAAAUAAUCGAACUGUAUACGUAAGAAGUUGAAUAGUGAACGUAUUGAUAGAUAUUAUAGAAAGAAAUUAAUUAUAACUUUUAGUUGUAUAAUUUAUCGAUCUGUUUAUCAGUUAAUAAUGACACGAGCACUUGUAGGUGUGAAGAGAGUUAUCGAUUAUGCAGUUAAGGUAGCUAUCAUUAACAUAAUAAAAAAUAUAAAUAAAGAUUAUAAUAACUUUAAUUGAUCAGUGAUAAAUAUCAUAAAUUUAAGUAAUAUUAUUUAAGAAAUAUAUCAUUUUAAAUAUUAUCAAUUAUAGAUCACUUCUUUUUAUUUGAUUAUUUAUUUUUAGAUUCGUGUCAAACCAGAUAAAAGAGGUGUUGUAACAGAUGGAGUAAAACAUUCGAUGAAUCCUUUUGAUGAAAUUGCAAUUGAAGAGGCAGUACGUAUGAAAGAAAAGAAAUUAAUAGAGGAGGUCAUUGCAGUUUCAUGUGGUCCUUCGCAAUCUCAAGAUGUAAUAAGAACUGCACUUGCAAUGGGUGCUGAUAAGGGAAUUCAUGUUGAAGUAUCUGGACCUGAAUAUGAAACUUUGCAACCUGUUCAUGUUUCUAAAAUUUUGGCCAAAUUAGCUCAAGAGGAAAAAGCAGAUUUGAUUAUUGUUGGAAAACAAGCAAUAGAUGAUGAUAGUAAUCAAACUGCACAAAUGAUUGGAGGUAUUUUGGAUUGGCCAACUGGAACAUUUUGUAGCAAGAUUGAAAAAAAUGAUAGUGAACUAACAGUAACGCGUGAAGUUGAUGGAGGUUUAGAGGUAGUUAAAAUAAAAAUGCCAGCAGUUUUAAGUGCUGAUUUACGACUUAAUGAGCCACGAUAUGCUACAUUGCCAAAUAUUAUGAAAGCUAAGAAAAAGCCAAUUAAAAAAUUAACAGCAAAAGAUCUUGGUGUAGAUACUUCAGCGAGAAUUGAAAUUUUGUCUAUUGAAGAACCACAAGUCAGACAAGCUGGAGUUAUUAUACCAGAUGUUGAUACAUUAAUUGUAAAAUUAAAGGAAAGUGGACAUUUGCCAACCAUCCAAUCCUUCACGUGCUGUUAAGCAUGCUAAAUAUGGUACUCUUUGUGCUAAUCUCGUAACUUCGGAAGCUGGUGGCACUCUUCCACCUGUUAAUUGUCUGGUACAAGCUGCCAAAGAAGCAGCAUGA